AAUAGAGAAGAAAGAGAAAUCCAAAGACGUAGAAGCAACUUUCAUUUUAUCUGCGGCCGGGUGGUUUCGGCGCUGUAAUUCCUCUGGGAAUGGACUGCGCUCGUAGCAAUUUCAGAAGCUCAUCUCUGCUUCUUCCAUGUCCACUUUCCUCUCGUCUUUCCCACUUUCUUUUCCCUUCGAAGCUCAGAUUCUCUAGACUAAAACGCCUGGACCUGAUUAAGCAUCACCUGAUUGUCAGAAACGCUUGUGGGUUCGACGGAAAUGGCUCUGUUAAUGGUUUUCCUAUCACACCUAGCAAGCUUUUCAUGCAAGAGGCGAUUGGAGCUGAAUAUGGGGAAGGUUUUGAGACUUUUAGACCGGAUGGGCCUCUAAAGGUCGAUGUGGAUUUUUUGAACGACAGAUUGCAAGAAGGUUUUCUUCAACGUAUACGCUAUGCCAUGAAGCCAGAUGAAGCUUAUGGUCUUGUUUUCUCUUUUGACAAUGUAGUGGCAGAUACUCGAGCUUUGAAGAUGUCUGCAUGGAAGCAGCUUGCCUCAGAAGAGGGAAGGGAAAUUCCUGAAGAUGGCAGUGUGCAAACACAGAUGCUAUAUGCUGGUGCUGGUCAUGUGUUGCAUAAGCUUUUACCCUGGGACGAAGCUGAAAGCGAACUGGAUCGGUUGACAUUAAGAUUUUCACAGUUGUAUUAUGAAAAUCUUCUCAGUUUAGACAAACCCUUGGAGGGGCUCAAAGAAUGGCUGGAUGCUGUAUCUACUGCUCGCAUCCCUUGCGCUUUAGUUUCAAGUCUUGAUCGGAGAAACAUGGUAGAAGCCCUAGAGCGAAUGGGACUCAACAACUACUUUCAGGCAAUUGUGACAGAGGAAGAUGGCAUGGAUUCUAUAGCUCAUAGGUUUCUUUCUGCAGCCGUGAAGCUCGAUCGGAAACCUUCCAAGUGUGUGGUGUUUGAGGAUGACCCUAGAAGCAUAACUGCCGCCCACAACUGCACGAUGAUGGCUGUAGCAUUAAUUGGCGCUCAUCCUGCGUAUGAUCUAGGGCAGGCUGAUCUUGCAGUUGCUAGCUUCAAUGAACUUUCGGUGAUCAACCUUCGGAGAUUAUUUGCUAACAAGGGUUCUACGUUCAUGGACCCUCAAAAGCAAAUUAUUGAGAAGUCUCCACCUAAGAGGAAGCUUACAAUUGACACCAUUUUCUGAUUCUUUCGUUUUUCCAUUUCUCCCUUUCUAUACCGCUAUAUCUCCUUGUAAUCUAGUGGUUAAUCUUCAAUUUUUUAUGUUUUUUUGGUACUUUUCUUUUUUAGAUAUACCAAAUUUUAGUAAGUUUAGAUGUAUCCAAUUCUCAUCUCAGUAUAAAAGAAAAUAUGUAGCAUUUCUGAAUUGAAAUGUGAAAAAGCUUCAAUAAUGAAAGAGUAGCAGUCUGUUUAUGGUA